UUUUAAAUUAAAACUGAUCGAACUAAUUUAGCAGAAGCAGCUGCUUUUGCUGCGACCGAGCUCUCUCACUGUGCGAGACCAAGCGAGCGAAGAAGCACCGAAUCGUGAGGAGGAGGAGACGGAGACGAAAGGAGGAAGCGAUGGGGAAGCCGGCGAGCUCAUGCUUGAAGAUCAUGGGUUGCGGUGGAGGCGGUGCUGACGCCGUCGACAAUGGCGAUCUCUUGCCGGAAGAGGCCCAGGCUACAACUUCAUCAGACAAUCGUAGGUGGAGUUUCCGAAGGAGAUCAUCUAAGCAUCGUGUUCUAAGCAACACAGUGAUCUCAGAACCUAUAUCUGUUUGCUCCAGUAAGGAAAGUCAAGAACUUCCUACGGCUAAUCUCCAAUCUCCUUUCCCAGAAGUAGUCCAGGAACAAGAAAAACCAAUUAAAACUUCUCUAUUACCAUCAGAGAUAUCAAAUACAGAAGCUCCUCUAUCCCUUUCUAGUGGAAGUAUAUCUCCAGUUGGUCCAGCUCUCAGUGAAUCUAUUGCAAUUAUAUUUCAGGCGGUUAUAAGGGGAAAUUUGGCCAGGGAAGAGGUACAUAAACUCAAAUGCAUUGUCAAGUUGCAAGCAAUUGUACGUGGAUACCUGGUGAGGAGGCAAGCUAUUGGAACUUUGCAGUGUAUCCAGGCCAUCAUCAGAAUGCAAACACUUGUACGGGCUCGUCAUACUCGCCAACUAUUUGGGAAGUCAAGGCCAAAUGAUACUAGGAAGUUCCUGGGGAAGGGAGAUUCUUUCAAUAAACCAGGCAGAUCAGCCAUCAAUAAAUUACUUACUAAUGGCCUUGCUCAUCAGCUUUUGGAGACUACACCAAGGAAGAAAACAAUCCACAUCAAAUGUGAUCCAUCAGAGUCUGAUUCAGUUUGGAAGUGGUUGAAGAGAUGGACGGCUAUAGCUUCAUCAGCAAACCAACAACCUGUGAAAAGCUUCGGCAUUGGCCAUCAGGUGCUAGAAGGGAAAACUAAUGUCGCAGAGGGUAUACCAAAAAAAGCAUUUUCUAAUGCAGCUUUGUCAGUUUUGUCUGAACCAGUGUUGCCUCCAACCAAAUUGAUGAUGGCAGAUGAUGAUGAACAAUAUUUAAUGAUUGGAGACGCGGAUGGCCUUCAAUGUCAGACUUCUGUAAAUUCACAAUCUAAUUCGUUCAACUUUGGUGAGGCAGACAAAUUGCAACCUGGAAAUGAUAUUUUGGACACUACCGUUCAAGACUACGCUAAGCCUAAGGUUGUUAAUGAUGAGAGGUUGGAUUGCAUAGAUGAUACGAAACAAGCGCAGCCAAAUAAAAAUUCUGGAUUAACAGGUGAAAAAUCACCUGUUAGGAAAGACUGCUUCAACCAUGAUACUGAAAAGGCAUCCUCUGAAAUGCUGGAGGAUGGCGGGAAGAAAAUUGCUGUUAGUUCAAGAAAACAAUGCAACCCAGCAUUUGUUGCAGCUCAGUCAAAGCUCGAACAGUUGAGUUCAAAGUCAGCUGUUGGUCGACCUGUUAGUUCUGCUUAUCAAAAUGCUUCAUCAAAAUCAAAAUCAGAAAACCAGAACAUUCACACAAGUUCUUUUACAGAAAACAAUGAAGCAGUUUCAGCUAAGACUUCGAUAAUGUACGAUUCAAGGCUUCAAACUGCAGCAUCAGAGUGUGGCACUGAGAUAUCUAUCACCUCCACUCUUGAUUCACCAGACAGAUCUGACAUGGAAGGUGGGGAAAUUGUUCUCGAGAUCAGCACUUUGGAGAAUAAGAAUUAUGGCAUUGUUGAGGAGAAUGCUCUUGAACUGCCCAGUUUGAGUGGUAAUGGUAGACCUGAGGAUGGAGAUGACAAUGUGGCAAAUUCAAAUGUUUCCAUCAACUUAACACAGUCUGGUCACAAGUCGACUGAGCCAACUUCAUCAAGUGCGAUGACUCAUCAGGAAGUUACAACAGAACAAGGUAGAUCACUUGAAGGAACUCCAGUAAACUAUGAAUCAGCAGCUGAUGCACAUGGAACCCCAUCUAGUGAUAUCUCUGUAAAUGCCAGAAAGAAAAAAAAGGAUGAUAACAUGUCUACUUAUAGGCAAAGGUUACAAUUGGUUGGAAAAAAUCUAUCAUCUAGUCCAAAUAAUGGUUCAGGCGUACAAAUUAGUGUAGAAAAUUUAGUGAAGGAUCCAAAAAUUCCAAAAAGGCGUAACUCUUUUGGGAUGGCAAAGACUGAUCAUGUUGAACAAGAACCUAGGCUUAGUAGUAGCAAUUCGCUUCCAAGUUAUAUGCAAGCCACUGCAUCUGCAAGGGCUAAAGCAUAUGUCAGUACAUCUCAGAAGUCCAGCCCUGAUCAGCAAGAUAAUCAUCCUAAAAAGCGACAUUCCUUGCCUGUUGAAAAUGGAAAGCAGAGUUCAUCCCCACGCAUGCAAAGAUCGGCAUCACAAGCCCAGCCGAAUGGCAAGGCCAACGGCGUUCAUUCUCCACAUACUUCUGCAGAGAGAAGAUGGCAAAGAUGAUAAACACAAUGAGAGAGACUUGAUCAAGAUGCAGCCCUGGAACUUUGGCUUUGCCAAUUAAAUGUCUAUUCAAGUGUUUUAUGAUAUUAUGAUCAUCCCAUAUUGCGUAGAAUAAGGAGCUUCUACCAGAGAGUUCGUAUAAUAUAUCUCAAAGUUGUGUGUUUUGAUAAUAUUAUUGGUGUGUUGUGUAAGGAUGGAGGAUGUUGAGAUUUGUUAUAUUGUAAGUUUUACGAAUUUAUUUUUAUUUUAAUCUGAUAUGCAAGCUUUUGGAAUUUA